ACUUCCUACUGAUGCUUAUGGAGAGAUCAUCUGCACUCAGCCAGCCAGUAAGACAAAAGCCUCCUGGAAAGAAAAGGGAAGAUGAUAAGGAGGUGGAGGAGGAGGGAACUGCUAUUAAAGUACUGACAGACCAGAGGGUGAUGGCAAAAGAGGCUCUGAGCAGGAGGAACCUCUGGGAGCCGAGUGUUUAUUACGCUCGGGGAAAUGAGUCUUUUCAUUUUGCCGGUCAUGACAUCAGCAUCCGAGAGUCCAUGGAUACGUACGGUGCUCUGAUCUGGCCUGGGGCAAUAGCUUUGUGCCAGUUCUUGGAGAACAACCAGCAACAAGUGAACCUGAUGGACAAAGCAGUACUUGAGAUUGGAGCUGGGACUGGCUUAGCUUCUAUUGUAGCAAGUCUGCUUGGUGCUUGGGUGACAGCAACAGAUCUGCCAGACAUAUUAUCUAACCUGACCUUCAACCUGCUGCGAAACACCAGGGGCCGCUGCCGCUACACCCCUCAAGUGGUUGCUCUCUCCUGGGGUCAGGACCUGGAUCGAGACUUCCCCUAUGCAUCAUACCACUACGACUUCGUGCUCGCAGCUGAUGUGGUCUAUCACCACGACUGCCUUGAAGAACUGUUGAAAACUAUGCGUCACUUUUGCCCACCAGGAAGUCAAACAACGCUGCUGUGGGCCAACAAGAUCCGGUUCCAGUCAGACCUGAGGUUCACAGAGUGCUUUAAGAGCCAUUUUAACACCACGUUGCUGACCGAGCUGCCGCAGCAGGAGAUCAGGAUUUAUAAAGCCAUGGCAAAGGAGUGACAAGGAGGCUUUAGGAGUGGGAGCUUCCAGUGAUGUCAAAGGUUAUGAAAUAUUCCACGCCUGGUUCUGA